AUGGUUAUUCAAAAGAAUGCGCAUAUAGAAAAGUUGGCGGUCCUGCAAAGGAAACCUAAUCGAGAGUACGCCCUCAAUAUUAUUAGGGAUAUAGCCCACCAGGUUUCUUACUUAAUGCGAGAGAAUAAACUAAGGGUGGGGCAAUUAGUGGAAUUCUAUCCGAAGAAUAAACGACUGCUGGGUAUGAAUGUCAAUGGUGGCUCCAAGAUCAUGUUGCGGUUAAGACAUCCUAAUGAUGAAAGUGAAUUUUUGUCAAGAGAGUCUAUUCUUGCUACAAUGCUUCAUGAAUUGACACACAACCUUUUUGGACCUCACAAUGUUAGCUUCUACAAAAAGCUAGAUGAAUUCAUGGGUAGACAGUGGACUAUAGAGCAGCAGGGUUUAUUUGAUAGCUUUAUUGGCACGGGAAGAAAGCUCGGGAUGCAACCAAAAUCAAGAUUCGGGCCUAGAAGGUUAGGAAGUGCUGUUGGUAGUGCUCAAAUCUCCCUUAGACUUCGUGAUAAGACGCCCAGGGAAAUGGCUUACUUGGCUGCUGAGAAGAGGGCCAGAGAUGCAAGGUGGUGCGCAGAGUCAGAAAAGUCGGAAACGGUAGAGCCUUUGGCAGAGAACCUUGAUUUCAUCGAAAUAGAGAGUGAUUCUGAUCUAGAUCCAAAAGACAAAGAUCUCAAAAAGAACUCCAGUCGACCAGAGGUGAUCGAGAUUAUAGACCUUACUUGUGCGUCAGACUCGGAAAGCGCCUGUCCUUGA